CAGGAUAGUUUUACCCUAAUGAGAUGCCGCAGUAACAUUACAUUGUUACAUAUAUGUGAUAUAUGGCAUCUAUGUUACAAAAGUAUACAGUGGAACCUCAAUUAUUAAUUGACGAAAAUCGAAAUAUACUAAAACCGAGACAUUUUUCCUGGUUAGCUGUUUAGCUCGCUAGCUUGUUAGCUAGCAGCCGUCUCAAGUCGCUGUUCUCCAAUAUGGCGUAAACAAUGAAUGUACAGGAGUAUAAAGACGUCUACAGGUUCUCUUCUUCAAGACUUAAAGCAGCACUUGCAGAGGUCCUCACCAAGUAUUUGCCAUCUGAUGUUAUGGACAUACAGAGGAUGUGAGCUGUGUGUCCGACAUGGCGAUCCUCCGUACCUUUCCUACCACCGGGUAUGACGCUCAGCUUUUUACCGCUCUCAACAUCCCCUGAAGAAACAAGACGACUACUGUGAGACUGCGAGGUUUUCCUUGAAGCCUUAUGCCUCCUAAGAGAGAAGCCGGAGCGUCUCCAUCUCAACCGCCGGUAAAGAUGCUAAAGAUCAACACGGUCCCACAGGAGGCUGGUCCAAUGGAAGACAAGUUCGGCUUGGCCGACGAGUCCACUUACUCCCCCUUUCUCAGCACCGAGGAAUUUGAAGAGAUCGAAGUCGGUACUAGUCCAGGCAUCCGAACCGACACCAUCAGCCUGCUGAUGAAGAUAGAGCAGCUGCAGGCCCAGCUCAAGUAUGAACGCAGAUGUCGAGUUUUGGCAGAGAGAGAGCUGCGGGAGCUGAAAGAGAUGAACACGCUCAUGAUGCAAAUGAGACACACGGCUCACGAACUGCGAGCCACUCUGGAUCACGUCCUCCAAGGCGGUGACCCGGUGAUGGCGGCGCACAACUCUCAGGACGAAGCCAUGUCUUUCCUGGCGGAGCACGAAGCCGGCAUGGUGUCAGACAUAACGGAGGAUAACCACGACGUGCUGUACCUCGCCGAGAACCUCAGAGUUCCACGGAAUCUUUACGAACGCGUCGCCGAAAUCGCAGACUACAAGAAGUACACCUCGGCGCUGCUCAUGAUGCUUUUCGACAGAGAGACCCUGGCCACGCACUCUCUGCAGGGACGUAGGAACACCAUCACUGGGGAGGACUGCCACAAACCUCAGCUGCCACCUGACAUCCUCCGAAGCAUCAUAGAUCACGUGGCGUUGAAAUUCGGCGUGGACAGCAGCCAGAUCAAAACGGCCAUCCGGACCAAGCUAAACAACGAGGACAAACUGUUGAAGAAGAGACUGGGUUUGGUAAAAGGAGAACACAAAGCGAGCGUAGAUGCGUCGCUGCUCGGCGACAACGCAUCGAUAUGAUGCCGGUCGGUAGUCUUCCUCUGCCUUCAUCCUGUCUGUCUGCUCUCGUAUGUAUGUAUGUAUGUAUGUGUGUGUGUGUGUGUGUGUGUGUGUUUGUGUGCGUGUGUGCUGUACUGUAACAGUGUGACGAGGCACCUCUGCUAAUCUUGAUGAUUCACUAGUGACGUUUAGUGCUUGCAUUAGGUCAUUUUCUAACUUUUAUAGGAUUAAAUAGAGUUUUUAGAAAGUGUUACGUGACAAAAAGAUCAACACAUAACGUGCAUGUGUGUGAUAUUGAGGUAGGGGGCGAUCAACAAGUGUUCUUAUUUGAGGCUUUUCCACGUUGUGAGCCGACAAGGGCACUAUGGACUUGAACGGAUGUCCAGCCCAACAUGGCUGACGUUCACCUCCUCACACGUCUUUUGUCCCAGCGAGACCCCACCUGGUAGCUGGGGACAAAUAUUAAAGGCACCUUUUUUUCACUUUAACGUGAUAGUUUUUAGGUGGAGCUUCACCGUUUGACUCCUUGGCCGCAUCAUUAGGUACGACUGUGCGAUAUAACAGUACCUUCUUUUACGAAAAGCAUCAUGCAUCCCAUGAAAAUACAACCUUGGAUCGGUGGAACUGUAAUGGACCAAGUUGGCCACUAGGUAGCGCUAUAACACUAUCCAUGCCCAUACGGUGUACCUAAUGUCUGUAAUGGCUGCUGUGUGUAUGUGCACAUAAACAAUAUCUGUUUGUCGUUGUCGUUGUGAUUCACUACAUAUGUGCCAAUAAUAAAGUUUAGGAAUGGUUACUUACCGCUCUCUUAUACGCUUCC